CUUGAUAUCGACUCUGCUAUCAUCAAAAUGUCUUUCAAUCAACAGGGCUCGUUCGCGAACGACCUAGAGAGUGAUGCUGCAGAUGCUAGAUCGAAUAAUUACAAGGAUUUUCCCGAAUUCGAUUCGUUAUCCCAGGCUCUAGACAAUAAUCUCUAUAAUAUAAAUAACAAUCAAUUUGUAUCAUUAAAAAACCUCCUACAGCAGUAUGAAUCCUUACUUAAUGAUUACGAUACUACCGAAAUCUCUUCUCCAUCAACACAGCAGUCAAAUCAUGCCAGUAAGCUAAGUUUGAGAAUUAGUGAGUUAUUCAAAAAAACAAAUGAUUCAUUCAAAAAUUUGAAUAAAACUACUAAUCAGUUGAAUGAAUACCUUAAUGAAUGUGAGAAUAACCAUGAAGAUGAAGAUACUUUACGUUAUUUGAGACAAAAGGAAUCUAUUCUAAUCAAACUAAUUAAAUCAAGUAUUAAUCAAUUCAGAAAAUAUCAAAAGAAAUACGAAUCUUUGCAACAAUCAUAUAUCAAUAAAAUUGGUCAGGUAAGAAACUCGGCAUUAAACGAUGAGACUAAUGCAUCAGGCGUUCCAGAACAACAACAGGAACAACAACAGGUUUCGGCACAAGUUCAAAUAACGUAUGAACCGAUAAAUGCUGAAGAACUCGAACAACAAUCUCUAAUGAUCCAAGAACGUGAACGGGAAAUUCACCAAAUAACCCAAGAUACUUCUGAAAUUAAUGAAAUAUUCCAAAAUUUACAAGAUAUAAUCCAUGAACAACAAUUCUCUAUUGAUAAUAUAGAAGGUAAUAUCAUAAAUUAUGCUAAUAAUACCCAUGGGGCUUCUAAUGAAUUGAGACGUGCGGAAAGGUAUCAAAGACGUGCUGGUGGUAGAAUGUUUUGUUGUCUUUUGAUCUUAAUAGGUGUUUUGGGUUCCAUAGUAUUUAUAGGGCUAGUCUUUUAAAUAUAUUU